AUGUACCCUACGAAGGCUGAAGCUUCGGUGAUUCAGGCUGCCGAGCAGCUGAUGAAAAAGACUAUGGCCAGAUACGACCCCUCUCAUGACGCGUACCACGUGGAACGCGUCCGUAAGACAGCGUUAUCCCUAGCAAGGAGCAUUUCCUCGGAAAGUGCUUCCCAGAAGCAACCAGACCUACUUACGGUCGAACUAGCUGCCCUUUUGCACGACGUCCUGGACAAGAAGUACGUCUCAGCAGAGGAAGCGGCAGAUCCAUACUCGUACUUCCUACCGUUCUUUCGAACGUGGGCCCAGGCAUCGCAAAUCGACUUCGUGAGCGACGGCAGGGCGAAGGAAAUAGCUAAGAUCGUCGAUAACGUUUCAUGGAGUACCGAGAAAAAGAGAAGGCAGACGGGCGAGUGGGGUACUUGGCACGAUGAGUGCCUGGAGCUGCAUUGCGUGCAGGAUGCAGACAGGCUUGAUGCCAUAGGGGCGUUCGGUAUUAUGCGCUGCUCCGCUUUCAGUGCCGCUACCAACCGAGCACUGCAUAUCCCCGUCGGCGCCCCAGGCUUCGAGGAGUCGGCCAUACAGCAUUUCCAUGACAAAUUGCUUCAUAUCCGGGAAAGACUGAAGACUGAGCCGGGGAGGCAGUUAGGACAGAAUAGGCAUCAGUUGAUGCUCGAUUUCCUCGAAGCAGUCGAUGAAGAGUACGACGUCCAAUCAUGA